AUGUCCGACACUGGGGAUUUGGCCGACUCGGUCUACGAAAUGGUUGGCAAUUACCCCGAAUUCAGCAGCCAAGACAGCCCCUUUGGCAGUCCAGAUGACGAUCUGUCUGAGAGCAUCAGUUCACUGCCACCACAUCCUUCCGACGAUGUUCGCAGUUUGGAUGGUUCGGAGGACCGAUUCACAACUGAGUCAGAUGAGGAACGCGAGGAAGAAGACGAGCCAACCGACACGGACGGUGCCGAGGAACUGAGUUCCUCUCGUGCUUCCUCCAUUAAAUACACAGAUCAAGCGCUACAGUCCCCAUCCACAAAUGUUCCGGCAAACCCUUUGCAAUAUGGCUCGGUGACCUCCAUUCCCGAUACGUCAAAGUCUAUCGAAUUUCAGGAAGCAGCCACCGACACUGUUGACAGUUCGCCUGUCUUCGUUCGACAUGCGAUCAAAGAGUUGACGGGUAAAGAGGCCAACGCCUUGAGCAAGUCCUUGGAUCUAAGCGAACCACCCCAGUCUUUGUCCGUUUCCCUACGUCAGACAAUGUCACAAGCCUGCCUGUCUACCGAUGAGCCCCUGCGAGUCCUGUACACAGGUUCGGCAGCAGCGCAGAGGGAUAUCCUGCUCAAAGUUUCAUCCGCUAUCUGGGUCUCACCAAAGGACGGCCAUCAGGAGGACGGCCAAUUCAUGAGGCACCGGGAAGGAGUAUACAACAUUGUGCCUAUCUCCUCGUUUGGGUCUGCUCCAGAACUGGACCUUAUGGAAGCUUCCAGCUACCAAAUCAAAGUUGAGCAUUGCACCUCGGCUACUGCGUCACCAGUGGGAGAUGGACCCGUGCAUGGGCCCAAUACGGUUUACUCAGUUACGAUUGAGCACGAGCGGACUUACACUUCUCUCCCCUCGCACUUCGGCGCAGCCAACCUUGACCCUCACUGGGACAUCCCUCACCUUGCCGUUUUCUACUGCUCAGAAAACGUAGACGAGGAAGACCAGAGAACCAGAGAGGCCGCAUGGGGAUUUACCAAACGCCAUGGCAUUCCAUCCAUCUUCAUCUCAGAGCAUCUGCGCAUCGAAAAGCAGGCUGUCGCUUACUGGAGCAAGUAUCUCAACAAGCAUGCAAUCCACAUCUCCCUUGAGUCCAGCGAUCCCACCAAGACGAUGGCUCCUCGAUUACUGCCUGUCGAUCUGGAGUCUUUCGGGAACAUCAAUGCUUGGCAGAUGAACCGCAACAUUGCCUAUCUGACGGGCCUGUCCGAUACGAAGGGGUCUGAAAAGCACCAUGAGUCGGGUACGAAGGUUAACAAGUGGUGGCAGAACUUGACGCCCUCGAGGAUGUCCCGGGCCCGAGUCGUCGAGGCAAUCGAGCGAAAGGGAUGGCUCUUUACCCUGCUUCUCCCGCUCUUUGCGGCACUCCUGUCCCAAGUCUUCUUAGGCUAUCUGGGGCCUCUUCCGGCGGAGCAAAUUCAGCCAUUGCGGGCGUCGCAAGCUUCAGCGAUGAUGGAGACGACUCCAGUCAUUCCCUCCACGGUUUCUGUGAAGAUCACGCACACUUCUACAGCAACAGUGGUGGUCAAUAUUACUUCCACCAAGACAAUCCAUGCGACACCUUCCACAAAGCCAUCAGUUAGUAGCUUGGCCUCUGCUCUAUCGUACGCUGGUCUGCUCUUGGAUCGGCCCUCUGACACCCCAGCCGAGGUUCAGCCUCAGAAGACAGUUUGUUCAGUGCGGGUGAACAGCCCAAAUGAACUACUAGUAGUGAUACCCUCCAGCAGCAAGGCGAUGUGGCUGGCAAAGGGCGCAAUCGACAUCGAUGUGUAUCAGGGAGAGAAGCGGCUCAAUACGAAGCUUUCUUCUGUAGACGAGGGUAUCUUGGUCGAAUUGCCGGGCAAGCAGGCUCAGGGGCGCUUCAACGUCUCCGUCAUCAGCAACCGCAGGCCGAAGACGAACGAGACCUUCGAGGUUGAUUUUGGCACGGAUCCCAUCACCGAGGCGUUUGAAGCCAGCAAGCUACUGCUGCAGGACUUUACCAAUGUUCUUUCCGCUGCGAAAAAGGAAGUGGUGCACAUUGGGUCGUCUCGAAUUUCCGAAACCCGCGAUGCUGCCAGGAACACUUACAAGAAGGUGGCCAAGAAGAUGGGGAGCACCGUUUCUUCAAAGGAUAUUGUUAGGCUGAAGAAGAAGAUGGACCAGGGAGUCUACCAACUCGAAGUGUCCGUUGUUAAGGCGCAGAUCAAGUCGAAGCUGGUAUGGCUCAAGUUGCGGGGAUCGCCUGAGGAGUACAAGGAAUACCUCGCCAACGCGACCCGUUUUCUUCAGGAGUUUGAGGCGAUGCGCCAAGAGAAGACGGAAGAGGCCCAGGAGGAAGCUGUCUCAGAUGAACCAUCCGGCUUUCUCGGAAGACUUCGCCACAGGUUGAAGGAGAAGGACCAGAGCUCCCAAGGACGGAACAAGGGCACGGACAUGUUGUGGAGGAUGAUGGCAUGA